CCAGCUGAACGAGAGUCGCUCUGACCCAUGGGCACUUGUCGCUCUGUUCCUUUGUCAAAAAAAAAAAAUUGUCGCUCUGUUCCCUCUUUCCUGCGCCUCAUCGCUCCGUCGCGGUCAUCCUCCGCCGAUUCCCUUUGCCCUCCACCGGCGCCGUCGCCAGAAGCGAUGUGCCCGCCACGCCCACCGCCGGCCUUCCUUCUGCCACAUAUGUACGGCUGUAAGCCGAGUGAAGCCCCAUUAAUCCCUCGGGUUGGUGCGCCACCCGCCCCUACGCCGUCGGCGUCGGGCCGCCACCGUCGCCGCGAGCCACCCCGCCGGAGCUCCACCUGACGACAUUACAGCGAAAAACUUAUCCUGCUAGAUAUUUUCCUGAUGUGAAAUUCCCCACGGAGACCAGACCAGCAGCCAAUGCUGAAUAACCACCUUGUAUUAUUGUGUGGUCCGAGAAUCACCACCGUUCCGGGCAAGCUGGACGUUCAACUCCUGCAAAUUAAUGUGAUGAAUGAUGAGCUAAUAUUCAACAAAAACCAGACACAAGUCAGAGCACGUUUCCUCUUAGUUCGUCGUGGCGUUAGAUCGUCCAAGGAUCCAAGAACGUUACCUUCAUGCCAUUCUCCUCCUCCUUCCUUGGCUCCCUCCUUUGAUCUUCACAGGAGAGUCAUAUGUGACAGAAUCCUGAAUAGCCGCUCUCCGCCGGCGACAAGCUCGUCUCGAGCAACGGUGUCUUUGCUCUUGGCUUCUUCUCCCCCACAAACUCGACUGCGGGCUCAUACGUCGGCAUAUGGCCGCACUCUUUGGACAACCAUGAACAACUUCACAACCGGAGCCACGGGAACUUCUGCUGUACUUCUCGACUCCGGAAACUUUGUCAUCCGGUUGCCCAACAGCACAGACAUAUGGCAAAGCUUCCAUUACCCAACCGACACCAUCCUCCCCGGCAUGCAAUUACCACUGAGCACAGAUGAUGAUCUCUACACUCGCCUCGUGGCUUGGAGGGGCCCUGAUGACCCAGCCACCAGCGACUACUCCAUGGGCGGUGACUCUAGUUCAGACCUCCAGGUUGUCAUCUGGAAUGGGACGAGGCCGUAUUGGCGCAGAGCUGCAUGGGAUGGUGCGUUGGUCACUGCCCUGUAUCAAAGCAGCACUGGCUUCAUCAUGACCCAAACAACUGUCGACAUAGGGGGUAAGUUCUACUUGACAUUCACCGUCUCCGACGGCUCGCCAAGCACGCGCCUGAUUCUGCACUACACGGGCAUGUUUCAGUUUUUAGCGUGGAACAGCACCUCAUCGUCAUGGAAUGUUUUCAUAGAGCGGCCUAAUCCUAGUUGUGACCGCUACGCCUAUUGUGGACCAUUUGGUUACUGUGAUGCCACUGAAACAGUUCCGAAAUGCAACUGCCUCAGUGGGUUUGAGCCUGAUGGUGUAAACUUCUCCCAAGGGUGUCGAAGAAAGGAGGAGCUGACAUGUGGUGGUGGAGAUAGUUUCUCAACCUUGAGUGGCAUGAAGACACCCGAUAAGUUUGUGUAUGUCAGGAACAGAAGCUUUGACCAAUGCGAAGCAGAGUGCAGAAACAACUGCGCUUGCACCGCAUAUGCUUUUUCUAACAUGAAAAAUGGCAGCAUGUCUAGUGACCAGUCAAGGUGCUUGAUUUGGUUGGGGGAGCUUGUCGACACAGGAAAACUUCGUGAUGGUAGUGGCGAGAACCUGUACCUUCGUCUAGCCAGUUCAACAGUUGACAGAGAGAGUAAUGUGUUGAAGAUUGCACUCCCAGUAAUUGCUAGUAUUCUGAUACUCACAUGCAUCAGCCUUGUGUGGAUAUGCAAGUCAAGAGGAAAACGACGAAUCAAGGAAACUAAGAACAAAUAUACAGGACAACUGUCAAAAAAUUCCAAAUCUAAUGAACUUGAGAAUGAAAUUAUAGAACUUCCAUAUAUUUGUUUUGAAGAUGUUGUUACUGCAACAGACAAUUUCUCAGACUACAACAUGCUCGGGAAAGGUGGCUUUGGAAAAGUUUACAAGGGCCGGUUAGAAGGUGGUAAUGAAGUUGCUGUCAAAAGGCUUAGUAAGAGUUCCGGGCAAGGGGCCGACGAGUUCAGAAAUGAAGUGGUUCUGAUUGCCAAAUUGCAGCAUAGAAACUUAGUUAGGCUUCUUGGUUACUGCACUCAUGAAGAUGAGAAGUUAUUGCUAUAUGAAUACUUACCUAACAAAAGCUUAGAUACCUUCCUUUUUGAUGCCACAAGAGAUGGUGUGCUUGAUUGGCCGACCAGGUUCAAGGUAAUUAAAGGAAUAGCAAGAGGGCUUCUUUAUCUCCACCAAGAUUCAAGGUUAACAAUAAUCCAUAGAGAUCUCAAAGCAAGCAAUGUCUUGUUAGAUGCGGAAAUGAAUCCUAAAAUAUCGGAUUUUGGUAUGGCAAGGAUCUUUGGUGGAAAUGAACAACAAGCGAACACUAUCCGUGUUGUUGGGACAUACGGUUACAUGUCACCUGAAUAUGCAAUGGAAGGUUCCUUUUCAGUCAAGUCUGACACGUACAGCUUUGGUGUUCUACUGUUGGAGAUUGUAAGCGGGUUAAAGAUCAGUUCAUCCAAUCUCAUAAUGGAUUUUCCAAGCCUUAUAGCUUAUGCAUGGAGCUUAUGGAAAGAUGGAAAUGCAAGAAAAUUGGUGGACUCGUCCAUUACGGAGAUCUGUCCACUUCAUGAAGUUCUGCGGUGUAUUCAGUUAAGUCUCUUGUGUGUUCAAGACGAUCCAAGUGCUCGUCCACUCAUGUCAUCCACCGUGUUCAUGUUAGAAAAUGAAAAAGCCCCGCUUCCUACUCCGAAGGAGCCUGUAUAUUUUAGGAAACGGAAGUAUGAAAUUGAAGACCAAAGAGAUAACGUGGAAAUAUCUCUGAAUGGCAUGACUAUGACAAUGCAAGAGGGGCGUUAAAUGUUUAGUUCCAUUUUGUCCUUUUUUGUAAAAUUCUCUCAUUUGUACAGUUGAGAAAUUCUUUGAUUCAUGUUCUUACGGACAAACACAUAGUGUAUUGACAUGUAAUGCUCUUUGUGUGCUAUUUUCAUAGACGGUUUCCAUAUUUUGUGAA